AUGCACACAAACACGCUACACAAACAACAACAACAACAACAACAACAACAACAACAACAACAACAACAACAACAACAACAACAACAACAACAACAAACAUGUACACAAAACAGUCUGGAAUAUUGGAGAUGGCCGAGAGUCAUGGGAACCUACGGAACGCAUGGCACCAAAGUCUUUGGUCGACUGGUAACCGAACCGAACAAUGAUAUUUUGCACCGCUCCAUUAUGGAUACCAUUGCGCAAAGCAUGAACGAAGCGCCAAAUGGAGUGAUUGUCGGUACGGAAGAAUUUGAUCAAGUCGGACCGGAUGCAUUGAACAAUGCAAUUCCGGCCAUUAAAAAACUCAUCCGGCAUUUGAAUCUCAACAAUGAGGAUGUUACCUUUGUGUUGAACUAUCGGUCGCCCCGACUGGAUCAAUGGGUCAGUAUUUGGAAGCAUGAGGAAGGUGACUUUAUGGAUUCUACCUACGAAGAUUUCUUGUGCAUGUCUCACAACGAUCCUGCCGAAAGGAGACGACGAUUUGAUAUGCUGGGAGCCCAAAUGAAUCCCCUCGGUGCGGCCCAAAUCUUUUUGGAAGAAGGAUGGAAGGUCAAACUCAUUGAUAUGGGUGGUGUCGAAAAUGAUGAUAAGGAUAUUUCACACGUCAUUGGCUGCCGCGUCUUGUUGGCCGGUUGUAUCGACGGCUUUUUGGGAUCCUUGGGGGACGAACUGCCGCGGGAAAAUGCAGUGGAAAAACCAUUUGACGAAUUGAAUGACGAAGAAUCCGGCAAGAUGGAACAAUUGUUUCAGAAUCGUGAUUGUGGAUACCAGCAUUCCCUCAAAAAGUGGAUUGACAAUGGACAGAUGGAAAUCGAAUACCAAGAUACGCUAUGGAAAUCAUGCGAAAGCGGUCGUCAAUCGUAUUACACCAGCUUGGUCGGUGCUACCGAAGUCCUCUUCAAUGCAUUUUUGUCCCAAUUGGAAUGCAAAGACAAUCCACACGACCUUCGUGAUGGAAUCACCAUGGACCAAGCCUUGGGAAACAAUAAUACAAUCGGCCAUAUGGUCAAUGGAUUUGUAGAGGCGGUACUAAUUCCUCUCGUUUUCUUGGGUGGUGUUGGCUAUGUCAUGAUGAUGAUGCUCAAGGGUAAACAACAACGACGAUUGGAUGAACGGGGCAUUGCCGUGGUCCAAGCAGAAAUGACACCCUACCCAUCUUCGGCCUUUCAAGACGACCAUGAAAAUGAAGGAGGAGGUGACGAUGAUGGUGAUGAUGAUGAAAAUGACAGUGACGACGAUGUAGAAGAAGUCUAUAAGGAUCCAGCUAAGAGUGAAGAUGACAAAGAUGGGGAGUAG